AUGGAUCAGCAACCUAAGACACCGUCACGCCCCAGCGGAAUUCCUCGUUUAGUGUCCAGGAUCCCCCUGCCGACGUCAACCUCGUCACCUUCGCUCAGACCUUCCCCGUCCCGCGACAGACUCCGCGCCGACCCCGGAUUAAAGGCUGCACGGCUUCGACGUCCCUCUGAAGAACCAGAGUUCAAAAAACCGCUCCCCAAAACAUCGCCUCCCAAAAGGAUCCAGAAUGACUACCAGCAGAAGCGGGUUGUUUCCGUGACGGGGACGAGUGACGGGACCGGACUAGAGAAUGAAAAGCUGGAAGCAGAUGGUACCCCUCCCCUGGAUGUGGAAUCCCGGGGUCGUAUACGACCGUCUCUGUCGGAAAGAACGAUUGAGACUCUUGCCCAAAUACCUCCAUCGCCUGCCUCCUCCAGGAGGCCGUCAAAUGUCUACAAUGCCACAAGCCCGAUGCGGUCUCCGUCUCGGCCCCCCUCAUCUAUGACGAGCUACUCCAGGUCGCCGUCUAGAUCUUCUUCAACCCGACAAUUAAGUGGAAGUGACUUCCUAUCUGGGCCCCCAACUGCUAUACGACUACCGUCAAGAUCUCGCCCAUCCUUGUCUACCAAUGGAUCAGCCAGCGAACAUAGUUCAGUGGCUACUGCGGACAGCUCACCGAAGCUGAAGAAACCUAUGAUGCAGAGAAGCAUCUACGGAGGCUUCGGACCGACUCCUGCGGUAUCAGAAUCUCACGCAUCUUUGAAUCAAGCUGUAGGGAGGCCCUCUGACGCGGAAACCGCCACUUCACAACCAGCUCUUCAGGUAAAGAAGUCGCGGAGGAUACAACCCAAGUCGUCAAACUCAAAGCUUUACUCGGCGGCAUCAAGAUCGCCUGCGGUGAAACCCGCACCAGAUGUAUCCUUGCAAUCGAGCACAGAAGUGGAAGAAAAAAAGAUAUCCAAAUCGUCCAGUGCUCUGCGGGAAAGCAUUGCAAAAGCAAAAGCCGCACGAAAGGCAGCUGCCCAAAAGGGACCCCAGACGCAGCCCCUUGGUGCGUGGACAGAGACUGAUAUCCAAGAUCCGUUCAACCAGCAACCAAAGGAUCAAAAUCAUGGUUUACUUCGGAAAAGACUGGAGGCAGGUCGAACUUCGGGCCACUUGAACAUCGCGGCCAUGUCAUUGACCACCUUUCCAGAAGAAGUCCUCAAGAUGUACGACUUUGACCCCAACGCAGGUACCGAUUGGUACGAAAGCGUGGAUUUGGUCAAAUUCAUUGCCGCCGACAAUGAUUUCACCGAGCUCCCUGAUGCUGCCUUCCCGGACAUUGAUCCGAAUCAAAUUGACUUGGAUAGCGAAGAAAAGGGAAAUCAAUUUGGGGGAUUGGAAUUUCUCGACUUUCAUGGAAACUUGCUCCAGUCCCUCCCAUUAGGUUUCAGAAGGCUACAACGACUUCACACCCUGAAUCUCUCUAAGAAUAAACUAAGUACCAAGGAUAUUCAAGUGAUCACGGAGAUGAGCUCCCUUAGGGACUUGAAACUGGCAAAGAACCAGCUGGAAGGUGCUCUCCCUCAUGAUAUUGGUCGCCUCACGGAUCUUGAGACACUUGAUCUUCAUGAAAACUCUCUUACGGAACUUCCCGCGACCCUGGCGGACCUGAAAUCUCUUCGAAUAUUAAACCUCGGCCAUAACCAGUUUACAUCCCUGCCUUUCGAAAUCCUCCACAAGCUUCCAUUGAGGGAGAUCAUUGCUCCCAAGAAUAAUAUCAAGGGGACAUUGAUUCCGGCGUCGGUCAGAAAGCUCGAUGCUCUGCAAACCCUGGACGUCAUUGGUAAUGCAAUUGUGAAACUUUCUGAGAACGAAAGCCUGCAGUUGCCUGCUUUGCAGACAUUGGCAAUCAGUAUGAAUCGCAUCAAGGACUUGCCUGAUGUCUCGUCGUGGCAGGAGCUUCUCACCUUGUCAGCAGAGGACAACAGCAUAACUGGAUUGCCAUUGGGCUUUACCGACUUGAAAAAGAUUAGAAAUGUCGAUCUGACAGGGAACGACCUCUCAAGAUUGGACGAAAAGAUUGGUUUGAUGGACAGCCUUGUGUCGUUUCGGAUAGCCAAUAAUCCUCUUCGUGAGCGCAAGUUCUUUGGCAUGACUGUGGAGGAUAUCAAGCGCGAUUUGAGGAGCCGGUGUGAGCCCGAGCCUCAGGAGACGGACGACGAAGAAGGCUCGGUCGCGACGCAGUUCACCCUUGCCCCAGAGUCCCCCGCUCACAGUUCUUCUGGCUGGCAGCUUAAACCUGGAGGCGUACUUGACCGGUCGUAUACCGAGAUGCAAGAUUUCGACGUCGACAAGCUGGAGCACAUCAAAACGAGUGAUGUCAAGUAUUUAUACUUGCAACACAACGAAUUGCGCUUCUUUCCAACCCCAGCUCUUAGUAUGCUUGCUAUCAGUCUGACCGAUCUGGAUUUGUCGCACAACCCGCUGGAUAGCUCACAGCUUUUCCCUUCUGCUGUCGAGCUUCCUAACCUUCAGACACUCAGUCUGAGUGCUACCGGGCUUGUCACCCUUGAGCCAAUCAUGGCAAAACUAACAGCUCCUUCGCUGACCUUUCUCGAUGUGUCAUCCAACAGCCUUUCUGGAUCUGUUCCCCAUGUCCGGCCCGCAUACCCGCGGUUGACGACAUUCCUUGCCGCAGAGAACCAGUUUGACACCCUGGAGUUUGAGGUUGUGCAGGGACUUCAGGUCUUUGAUGUAGGCAACAAUAACAUCAGCGCUCUGCCCCCAAAACUCGGUCUUUUGAGGGGCGAGGGUAACAGUGCAAACUGGGGUGGUGGAUCGGCCCUUCGAAGAUUCGAGGUUGCAGGGAACAGCUUCCGAGUCCCCCGGUGGCAGAUUGUCGCCAAAGGGACUGAUGCUAUUCUUGAAUGGCUAAAGGACCGGAUACCGGUUGAAGAGUUGCGUGAAUAUGAGGAAGAGUAG